UAGGGGCCAUGGGCAACGCCGAGGGCCGCGCUCCGCGCCGGGCCGAGCCCCGCGGCAACCCCGGCAGCUUCGAUGAGCUGCACCGGCUCUGCAAAGCCGUGUCCCCAGGCGGGUGACAGCCGUGUCCCCCCAGAGGUGUUCCCGCCGCAGAUGGAGGGGGUGAAGCUGAUCGUCACCAAGACCCUGAGCAGCCACUUCCAGGUGACACACACGGUGCACAUGAGCACCCUGGGCCCCUCCGGCUAUCGCUUCAACGCCACCUACGUGGGGGACCGCCAGCUCGGGCCCACCGAGGUGUUCCCCACGCUGCUCGGGGACAUGGACAGCGCCGGCAGCCUCAACGCUCAGGCCCUGCACCUGCUGGGCGAGCGCCUCCGCGCCAAGGCCGUGUUCCAGACGCACCAGGCCAAGUUCGUGACGUGGCAGUUCGACGGCGAGUACCGCGGCGACGACUGCACGGCCACGCUCACGCUGGGCAACCCCGACCUGCUGGGCGGCUCCGUGAUCGUGGUGGCGCAUUUCCUGCAGAGCGUCACCGCCCGCCUGGUGCUGGGCGGGGAGCUCGUCUACCACCGGCGCCCCGGCGAGGAGGGGGCCAUCCUCACGCUGGCCGGCAAAUAUUCGGCCCCGAACUGGGUGACGACGCUCAACGUGGGCUACGGCGGGGCUCACGCCAGCUACUACCACCGGGCCAACGAGCAGGUGCAGGUGGGGGUGGAGCUGGAGGCCAACACCCGGCUGCAGGAGACCACCUUUGCCUUCGGCUACCAGCUCAACCUGCCCCGAGCCAACGUGGUCUUCAGAGGGCUCCUGGACAGUAACUGGAGCGUGGGGGGGGUCCUGGAGAAGAAGUUGCCCCCCCUGCCCGUCACGCUGGCCCUGGGCGCCUUCCUCAACCACUGGAGGAAUCGAUUCCACUGCGGCUUCAGCGUCACCGUGGGCUGAGGGGACACUGGGGACACUGGGGACAGCGGGGACAGCGGGGCACUGUCCUGCUCAGGGAGCCACCAGGCCGUGCAGGGGCCACAGGGACACAGAGGGCUGGGGACAGAGAGUCACAGUGCCACCAUGGGGGGCUGGGGACAGCGAGUGACAGUGCCACCAUGGGGGGCUGGGGGUACCUGAUGUCCCCAUUGUCACCCUCUGGGGAUGGCUGACAUGGGGCUGAGGGUCCCCAGUGCCACCUCCUAGGGAUGGCUGCUGCCACAAGGGGUCCCCAUUGUCCCCAGUGUGUCACCUCCUGGGGGUGGCUGCUGCCACAGGGGUCCCCAUUGUCCCCAUUGUCACCCUCUGGGGAUGGCAGCUGCCACAGGGGGUCCCUGUUGUCCCCAGUGUCACCUCCUGGGGAUGGCAGCUGCCACAAGGGGUCCCUGAUGUCCCCAGUGUCACCCCUGGGGAUAGCUGCCACAAGGGGUCCCCAUUGUCCCCAGUGCCACCUCUGGGGAUGGCUGACACGGGGCUGGGUGUCCCUGUUGUCCCCAUUGUCACCUCCUAGGGAUGGCAGCUGCCACAAGGGGUCCCCGAUGUCCCCGUCGUCCCCAGCACCACAGCAGCCGUGCCUCAGUUUCCCUUUGGUGACACACCCGGCAGAGCCCGGCUGAAUAAAGGAGCUUUACUCUGUG